AUGGGAUCUGUUGAGGUUGUCUCGAGCCGACUAGAGUCGUUACCCCCUCGCCCACCGACACCACCUCGCGAGACCAGCCUGGCUGCCGAUGCCACCACUUCGAAGCAUCUCCUCGUCCUCCCUCCUUCCUCAGACCCUCGAUCAAGUCUCCAGACUCCACCGAGCGUAUACUCACCACUUUCCGGAGCUGACUCCACAAACCCGAGCGGACGAAGAGCAAGGAAACGUGUGGGCUUUUCUGCCCAGGCGCAAUACAACGAAGCACCAAACUACCCAGGUCUAUCUAUUGCCAAAUCCCGAUCAUCGCCCCUAUCGGCGUCGUCCUCGACUCAGCCCAAACCUGUCAAGGGCAUCCUCAAACAAACCUCUUCGCCGAGUCCCCUGAGUUCAAGUCUCAAGCCAGACAGCUUGACGACAUCAGCAAACAUAUCAGACAUGUUGGAGUCAACGGUGAAGCAGCUCGCCGGAGCAGACAGGGACUCGAAGCGGGAUGCCUACACAACACUGGUCAUGACGCUGAAGACGUCCAACAACCUCCCGGACCGAAUCGCCCUUCAGUCUAAGAUGAGCCUCUUCGUGCAGUUCAUCCAACGAGACAUCACCUCCAAGAAUGCCACCAACGGAGGACCAGAUGCGCCUCUUGUCAACAACGCUAUUUCUCUUCUCGCUACUUUUUUGCAUUUCCCCGCCAUUGCCUCGACGAUACCCAGCGAUUUCGGCAUUUUCUUUAUAGAUCACUGCAUUCGAUCCUUUGAGGAUCCUGCAACACCGAAAGAUGUGGCUCGGCAUCUAAUGCAAGCUGUCGCUACGCAAGACUUCUCCGCAAAGGUCUUGACCUCGGAUCGCGUCCGCCGCCUCAUGAAUGCCCUCCGCAACAUCGAAGACAACCUAAAGGGAAAGAGCAUUGUGAUGUCUCGAAUUCUCAUCUAUAAACGCUUGGUUCAACAGUCACGCCAGUUGAUGGUCCUUCACUCCGAUUGGCUGAACGACCUUUUCACGGACAUGCUGAGCAGGGUCAAAGAGCUGCGAUCUGCUGCGAUAUCUCUUGGUCUGGAAGCGGUCUACAUAUUCGGGAAAGAAAAGUCACUGUCUCGGAAGGUGAUGGAGCUCUUUGAUACAUCCAUUGAAGAGAUGAAGUUCGCAGAGUAUUACCACCAGCAACUAAAAACCAUGGCAAAGGACAAGGACGACAGGCAACUGACGGCUUCAGUCCCCAAGAUCUGGAGCGUCAUCAUUGGUUUACUGCGCUGUCCUCUUGACAAAUGGCAAUUCUUCAACCAAUGGCUGCAGCUCAUUCAGAUGGGCUUCAACAAUAGCGAUCACCCCCAAACUAAGCAGGAGGCGAAUUUUGCAUGGAACCGUUUCGUCUGGUCUAUGCAUACCGAAGGCCAGUCUUUCGUCAAGCUUCUCCCCAUACUUUACCAGCCACUAGGCAGCCAGUUGAAGUCAAAGUACACAAACAAACACACACGAGAGGUCGUUUUUGGCAGUGUGUGCAACCUCCUUUACUACGCCUUCAAGCCGGGAACGAACAGUGCUCUUCUCGACACCUACUGGGACAUUUGCGUCAAGCCCUUGAUAGAGCCACCCAAAGCGCAAGCAAGGAACCCCGACGCUGUUGAUGAGCAUAUGCGGCAGAUAACACUAAUUCUCACCGGUCUUUUUGACUCGACAACACCUCGGAUUUGGAGGGAGGAGCGUAUUAGAGAGACAGCUCUUGCCCGGCCGAACGAGCUGCCAGCUAUCGAUCCCAAGUGGCUCCGACGCAACGCUGCUCGUGUUUUCCAGACUAUGGAACCUAUCAUGGAUAGACACUUUCUCGAGCUCUCGGACAAGAACAGUCAAAUCCAUCGCUUGUGGCGCACUUUGGUGGGAGCCAUUGUCUCUGCCGCCUCCAAAGAGAUCAAAGUUUCUGUCGACACCGCGGCGUUCAUUUCCCAAGUGUGCGGUCUUUUGCUCAAGCAUUGGGAGACUGGCUUGACGGAGAUUGAAGAUCCUACUCCUGAGAUGGCGACCAAGUUCCUGGACAGCGCUCGUGAGCUCAUCAUAGUCGCUGUAGAGGCCCUGGGUCUUCGGCCUUUCACCGAGAAGAUGAUCUCUCUUAGUCGUCUUCAUACCUUCACACCUGUGUCAACGCCGUCCCAUAAGCCGGCGAAGAACGCUGGUGAUGCCCGGACUCCGCUACAGCAUUUGAUCGGCUUGGUCUCUCGGCUUCCCCCGGGUGUCCCCGAUGGGGAGGAGUACGUCGAGUUCUUCAAGACGUUCUUUGCACCUUUCUUAGUCCAGAAGUCAGCAAACUCUCGCUUGGAGCUGGCACAAGAGAUGCUGUCGGCCACUCCAAUCUGGUCACCGCCGGUCAAUCAACUUCCCUAUGCACCAUGGGUCUUCGCCGCGGAGUGCCUAUCGGCGACCUUCAGCUCACCCCAAAACAGCACUCCAACAACUAGCUCAAUAGUUGAGCCGUCACUCGGUCACGAAUACCGCACCGUGGUGCGUUUCCUGGAACGAGGAUGGAAAGAGACUUCCAAUCUACCCUGGGAACCCUGGUGUUCGCUCUUCGCGAAGUUGUCGGCCCGGUCUUACCAGGAGACUGGCGAAGCUGGCCGCGCUUUAGGCACUAUCGAGCCGCUUGCCAAAGUCGUCCGGGAGUCUAUCCCUGCCGACCAUGCCUUGCCGCUGUCGACAAAGACGCUUCUUGCAACAACUGAGCUUCUCUCCGUUGCUAGCCACCCAUUGGACAGACAGGCAUUGGAAGCUGCUCGACGCAGGUUAUGGGGUACAGCAGUUGCGGGACCUAGGUCAUCCUCUUUCGAUCCGUUUGAUAACUUUUACAAACUGGUCAACGAGGUGAUGGAACGACUCUACGAGGCCGGCGAGCGUGGAGAUCUGGACGAACUUGCCACUCAGCUUCUCAGGGCGAGCGGUUCAUUCCUUUCUCGCUGCAACCCGGAGCUUGUUUGCAGAACUGUAUCGAACUUGGAGAGUGGGCUUGCCGUGUGGAUCCGGGACUCGCAGGGCAUUUUGAAUGCCCGACAGAGCCCUGCUGCAUCUGAAGCUGUGAGUCUUACUACUAACAGGGAAAUCUACUUUACUGACCAACAGCAGGUCAAGCUUCUCUGGGAGACCGUUUCCAAGAUCAUUUUGCCUAGCGGCAAGCCAGAAGAAGUGCAGCUCGAAACAUUCGAGGAACUCAUCUGCGCUGCCUUUGAAAGCAAACACCGCCAUAUUCUUAACUCUGUCGCAGAGGCGUGGAAUCGGAUUUACGAGAAUGCGGAACAAAUCCAGUACCCUGAACAUCUCAAGGCCGUCUUACUGGGCAUUCAACCGGUUGUGACCCUCGUUCUUCCAGGCUUGGAGAUCGCCAGUGUGGCGUCUACGGACGAAAAUCGCUCGUUCGUCGAAUCGCAGGACGACAUUGAGAUGCUCACCGUAUCCUCCACACGCUCAUCUCGAAAGAGAGCUCAGAAGUCGGCCACGUCCAACCGAUCAUCGCCUCUCAGCUCUGUCAAGCUGUCGCUCUCUGCGAAGAAGCAGCUGGACAACACUACACCUAUGAAGGGUCGUGAAAGGUCCCGGCGUAGCGCUGCAGCCAAGGCGCGGUUGAGACAUGACGACUCUCAGAUUCAGUUCGCGCCCAUUGAGAAGUCUCCUUUGAACCCCGCAGUCAACGCCGAGUCUCAAGUUCUCACCGAACGCCAGAAAGAAAUCAGGGAGAGGCAGAAGGAUGCCGCGGCCCUUUACCCAGAAAUGCGGUCAAGCCCUCAACAGCAACAACCACAGGUCAUUGAGAAGUCGACCGCCCCUAAGAUGGUUGUCGAGACCCCUAAGGAUGUGACACCUAAGCGCAACGCUAGGUACGAGGAGUUUGUCAGCUCGACCCCGACACCUCGCCGAGGUCAGACGAUGGCCAUGGCAGACAAUGAUCAGGAGAUGACGGAUCCUCCUUCUUCACCUCUGGAGCCCCGACCUUUCCCUCUGCUGCCUCAGAUCAAGUCACGCUCUAGCAGUCGCAGCGAGCUAGAGAACUGGCAGUUUAGUUCCUCUCCUGUGUCUGGCUCUCCAUCUCCCGAUGCCGCCGUCAUGACCGAUGAGCCUACAGAUCUCAACUUGGCCGACAGCGCAACCUCCCAACGUGUCCCCCGAGCAGGUAGCCCGGAUCUAUCAGCAGUAGAUGACUCGUUUCAGAUGGUCCCCUCAAGUGCCGUGGAGGAGCCGGAGCUCCCACCGCCUGCCUUCGAGACCGCAAAAGAGACGCUGCAGCCCGAUCAAUCUCAGCAUGAUAUUGCGGAAUCGUCCGCAGAAACUCUUCCUGACCCUGCGCCAUCAACCCCCAAGAACAACCGAGUGACUGGCGUAGAGGAGCCCAGAUCUGGCCAGGAAGUCUUUGUCGACGCGCCCUCAAGCCCACAACCCACAGUACUUACCAGGUCUGCCUCGCGCGCAGCUGCCAUCAAGGACCGCUCCUUUGAGAUGAGUGACGGAGACGAAAACAGCAUGUUGAGGCUUGUCGUCGAGCUCGACCGUAGGCGGUGCGAACUCCCGAUCAACGAUUACCCUGCCAUUUCUCCUCCAAAAUCUAAUAAGGGUCCCAGCAGCGCUAAGAAAGAAAAGGUUCCUGUGCUUGACUGCAUCACAGUCCGAGGUGAAGAUGACGAAGAGGAGGACGACGAAGAAGAGGAGGAAGACGAGCCAGCGGAGCUUGCUCUUUCACAGGUCCAGACAAGAGCCCGUAAGAGCAAGUCCCAUUCGCCCGCACGACCCUCAACUCCUGUAACUCGUUCAGCUGCUUCAUCCCCGGACAAGUCAGCUAGGAAGCGGAAGAGGGGCGGUGCUUCCAACGUCGAUACCCGCCACAAGAAGAGGAAAUCUACUGGUCCCUCAGAAAUUGUCGAGUCGUCCCAGAUCACCAUGUCUCCGGUGCUCGGGGAAGAAACCCCCCGCCGUCGUCGCAGCCAACGCAUCAAUGCUAACGACAGCCCUUCGAAACGCUCCGUGGAUCUGGAUGCCGAAGUCAACUCUCAACUGGUUAAUGAGCAAGAGGAGGCGGACUUCCGGGCGAGUCAAUCAUUCGAGGAGCCGGAGCUGGAGCAGACAACAACCAUGGCACACGAGACGGCAGAAGACUCCAUGGAUAUUGAUGUCGCCGAUGCCACCACUGUCGCUGAAGUAAACCCAGUCCCCGAAGCUCCUGUCGAAGAAGCCGCCAAGGAUGUCAACAUGAUUAAUAAUCUGAGCGGCGUUCUCGCCAGUCUUCGCUCAGCAGCACUAUCACGGGAGGAGGUGUACAAGAUGGAGGACAUGCUCAUGGAUAUCAAGAGAGAGCUCUACGCCGCCGAGGCUCGUGGGCGAGCUUAA